AUGGGCUCCUACCCACUCUCCAAGCAGAGAAAUCGAUUCAUAUUGGUCAUCACUGAUUCUUUCUCCAGGUGGAUAGAAGCCUACCCGCUGCCUCACGGCGACGCCGACACAAUUGGCCGCACGAUGGAUACGCACCUGUUUCCCAGAUGGGGAUACCCAAAAAUCCUACUCUCCGACAAUGGCACUCAGUUUACGGGGAAACUAUGGAACGAACUCCGCCUCAAAUGGGUAGUCUUACACUACAUCACGCCAAUUUAUCACCCCCAAGCCAACCCUACCAAGAGAAGGAACCAGGAACUCAAGAAGGGACUACAGAUCCGCCUACAAGAACAACACCAAGAAUGGGAGAACCAACUACCAUCCGUGCUAUUCACCCUGCGAAAUCGACAGGACACGGCAACAAGAUACAGCCCCAGUCAAAUCCUGUUUGGCCAAACCCUUCCACGGCCAGGGGAAUGGAGCCACUGGUCUGAAAAUCAACUCAAACCGCACAAAGACCAUAUUAACCAGCGUCUACACAUGCUAACCGCAAUCCAACGCAAAGCCGUGUUGAACCAAGAAAAUUAUCUCAAUAGGAAGGGAGACCCGAUAGCCGAGACACAGCCUCGUUACCAGAUCGGCGACUAG